AUGAAAAUGAUUAAAGUUUAUUGAGUCAUUCAGUGGAUUUGACAAAGUCAACUGCUACCGCGAAAGCGAGAAAAGUGAUUUUUAAUUUUUUGAUUAAAAAUAGUAGUAAAUGGCAUAAGAGUUAUUUUAUGUAACACUAUUGAAUCUGUAUUCAUUUGAAGUGCGAGGGACAUUCAGUUAGAUUUUGCAGAUAACAAGGAAUUUUCUAGAAUCUGCAGUCAUAAUUUAGUUUAA